AUGAGUGAAAUGCAAGUCAUGAUGAAAUUUGAAUUUUUACCAAAUGAAAUUCUAAUGGAAUGUUAUAAAUAUCUCAAUGCACCAGAUAUUUUUGAUUCAUUCGAUCAAUUAAAUUAUCGAUUUUAUAAACUUAUUCGAAAUAUUCCAUUACAUGUGGAUUUUCAAUAUGUUUCUAAGUCAUCAUUUGAUAACUUUUGUAGAAAAAUAAUAUUAAAUCCAGAAAAUCUAAAACAAAUUUAUUCAUUACAUUUAUCAAAUAAAGAAAUGUAUGGUCAAAUUGAAGCAUUUUUAUCAAUUUUUACAUUCAAUGAAUUUUCUAAUCUUCAAUCAUUAAUUUUAACUCAAGUUAAAGAAAUUAAUAUGAACAAAUUGAAAUCAAUGUUAAUAUUAAUACCAAAAUUAUAUUCUCUUCGUUUGAUAGAUUGUAAUAUACCUAAUUCAGAAAUAAUGGCUGUUCUGACGAUAUCAAAACUACGAAUAUUAUCUAUACGUUCACUAUAUUUUGUUCCAUUAGCUAAGAAUGAAACUUCGGUAAUUACAAAUCUAACAGUUUUCGGUUGCUUAUUGAGUGAUUUAUAUCGAUUAUUUCAAUAUGCACCUUUGUUAAAAUAUCUCAAUGUUGGACGUCUUCCUGAUUGUCAUGAAGUGAUAGGACGAGGCGAAGAUUUCAUUAAUAAUUAUGCUUUUCAUCUAAGACAAUUAAUUAUUGAUGAAUAUGGAUAUGAAUUUGAGGAUUUUGAAAUAUUUGUAAAACAAAUACCAAAUUUAAAAAGUUUGAUAAUAUCUGCAUAUGAUAAUAUAGAUAUUAUUGAUGCUUCUCGUUGGGAACAUUUAAUUAAAUCUUCCUUACCUCAUUUACAUAUUUUCAAAUUCAAAUUCUACUAUAGUCAAUAUGGAAAAUCUAUUAUUGCUGAUAAAUUUAAUCAAUUUCAAAGUGAUUUUUGGCUUAAACAACAUCAUUGGUAUACUGAAUAUUCAUUAAAAGAGUCAUUAGGAAGAACUACAGCACUUAUUUAUACAUUACCAUGCAUAGCUGAUAGAUUUGAAUUAAAACUAGAUAUCAAUAGAUAUUAUAAUAAAUUAAUAAAUAAUUUCGAUGUAUUUCACAAUAUAAAAUAUUUAUCAUUAGAUUCAGAAAUACUAUCAAAAGAAUGUCAUUAUUACUUUUCUAAUGUUACAUCAUUAAUAUUAAAAUGUAAAUCGAAUCUUUUUAAAAGGGAUAGUGACAGAAUACUGUUGAAAGCCAAACAUAUAAAAUCUCUUAAAAUGAUUGUUAAUUUAUAUAAUUUAAAACAUUUAGAUAUUUCAUUUUUAUGUAAAAUAGAAAGCUCAACAAUACUAUUAGAAAUAUUAAAACAAUCACCCAAUCUAUCAUCAAUAUCUGUUGAUCCGAAUUAUUUGUUAUCAUUAUUUUCUGAUAAUGAAUUAUGUAAAUAUUUAAAUAAAAUGAUCAAAAAAUUGGAUAUGCUCAUUCCUUCAUUGGAUAAGUUUAGUAAAAUCGAACAAUUUUGCAAAAUAUUUUCUAAUAUUGAACAAUUAAAAUGCAAUAUUACUCAACUGGAUGAUUUGUUAUUUUUACUGAAUAAUUUAUCAAAAUUAUCAAUUUUAAAAGUGUCUGAUACAUCGACUAAUAAAUUCAUUUAUAAAUUUAAAGAUGAAGCAUCGAAACUAAAUAUAGUGUAUUAUCUUCGUUCUUAUCAUGACAAUUCUUAUGAUAAGAUCUGUAAUUUAGAUUUAUCUAUUUGGAUUGGCAAAAAGACAAAUUAA